ACUCUGUCUCCGGCGGCCGGUGAGGCUGAGGACACGAAUGCAAAAUGCCGACGGUGUUUCUCGUCGACGCCUCGCUCUCCAUGUGCAAACCUGUGUCCCUCCAAGACCGGGCCGAGCCGAUGCAGAUCCGGCAUCUCGCAGCUGAAGGCCUCAAUCAUCUUCUGCAGUACAUGGCGAUACACUGUAAACUCGAGUUCUGCUCAGUGGUUGUAUUUUCAUCAUUAUGGGAGGUCGUUGAGCCAUUCACGAGAGACUUCGACGCCUUGCGCGAUCGUUUGACGCGCUUGCAAUUCUACGAUAAGACCAACAUCGAAGUUGGCAUUGAAGGCGCCAAACACGCCGUCCUCCAGGAAUGGGGUGCAUCCUGCAGCUGUCAGAUUGUUCUAGUCACCGAUGGGUGCACGCCUCGGUGUCUCCCUCAGCUGAAUUCACCCCUGUUCCCGUUCCCUUGCAAACUUCACAUCGUCCCUCUGUGCGAGCCCGGCAGCCCUCAGCUGAAAGCCAGUCUCCCAUUCUACCAGAAACUGAUCGACUCUACCGGGAACGGCGCUAUAGUUCUCCCCGAGGGAGGCCUCAGCCUAAAAAGCGUCAAUCAGGCGUUUGUAUCGAUUGGAGAAUCGUCUUAUGUAUCGUGGCAGGGGCGUCUGGUUUGCGGUCACCUCGAAUCCCAUGUCACGCUCUGCCCUCCGCCCGACCCGCAGAUCAAAAGGGUUUACGACUUCGAGCAGAUAACCGUAAAGAUGUCGGACACAAUCGAAAUUUGCGGAUUUAUGAGCAUACCCGAUGUCGCUCAUCCAGCUACGGUCUCCCGUCACCUGGUCCUACCGAUACCAGCGCCGAAACCGGAUCAAUCCGAGACCUCUCCGACGCCGGAGAAUGCUCAGCUGCGGAUAGAAGACGGCGGAAUGGAUGAUGAAGCUGCUGACGACGGGAAACAGCCCUCAUUUUGCGUUUUGCUCCAUGGAUCUCUGAAAGUCGAAUCGAUGGUCGCGGUGUGCAAGCUCGGAGCUUCAUGGUACGGAAUGUUGUACUCGUGGGCGGACAGUAAGAAGAAAUCGAACCUGAUGCUGUCCACCUUCGAACCCGGGGAGGGCUCCGUGCCCUGGUGGACGUCGGUGAGCUCCCUAGGGAGCAACAUGAUCGAGAAGCUGAAACUGCCUAUCAAGCCCGCGGAGAAGCCGAGCUACUCGAUGAAUUCCGUCGUAUGGAUAAGAACUACAGGCUUACAAGCGGACAUUCAGAAGAUUCUCCGGCACGCCCGAAAACUACCUGAGAAGAUGUCCGCUUUUUACAAAGAGUUGAAUCGCUUACGGAGAGCUGCCAUAUCCUACGGAUUCUACGAUUUGCUCGAAACAAUGUCCUCGAUCCUGGAGCGCGAAUGCACACUCCUGCCAGGUACUCAACAUCCAGAAGCCGCCCUUCAGCUGAGUCACGCCGCGUCUCAACUGAAAGUAACUGCGGGAGAACUGCCCGAUAUAGACACACCCAUCGCGCCGCUUAAAACAAAGCUCAGUUCUAGUUACAUGGAUUGAACUCAAAGUAUCCCACUCGCUCGCACGAGACUGUACAUAUUCUCUGAGAAUGUUCCUGUUCAUAAUACUGUAUCAAACAGCGAGAGUCUGCCUCUUCUGAGUGUCCAUCCCCUGCCUAUGGGGAUCGAAAAAUAAAUAUUCGCAUUGAGAUGAUCGUCCAAGAG